AUGCAUUUCGACAGAGACAACACAACUACCCGACUUCCUAGCUCCCCAUCCCGGCCGACCAAAGUCGACCUGCUCUGUCUGCGGCGAUCGCGGCAUACCGACUGCCUUAACGACAUCUCCGACUUCACACAGGCCCGUCUGCCGUCGGCUUUCUUGCCCAAGUCCUGUUCUCCCUGCAGCCAACUGGCCCACCUCAGCAGCACUCAACCCACCUUAACGACCACGUCAAGCGGUCGCCUUCGGUCCGGCGCUCCUCUCGAACAAGCUGGUCGUCUCCUCUCUUCGUCAUCGUCUUCACUGGCCUCGCGAUCGACGUCA